AUGAAAAUCGCGUUUUUCAUGGCGUUGUGGAUGGUGUUUGUGGCCGUGUGCGCUUACGAUCCGAACGAUAAGGGCGUCGGCGACGUGCUGCCGCCGGAGGGUACCUUCGAGGCGUUCUAUCCGCGCGGCGAGGGCACCGGCUCGUCGCGGGCGGCGCACUCACACGGCAGCUUCUACAAGCAUCGCAAUCCGGCGCUGGUGGAUGCCAAGAACGCCGCCGCGUACGGCUUUCGCUUCGACGGCGGGCGGCGAUUCAAUUACGAUUGAUGCUCGAGUGUCUUAGUCAAUCAAUAAACGCCGAAGAAGGAAAAACUAGCUUUUAAGUUAUAUUGUGAGUUUUGUAGCAAAUAAACAUAAAUAAUUGUUUGUAAAUUUA